UGGCACGUAGUUUCAAUGGGAAAACAAAAAAAAAACAGAAGGCUGUCCCAAUAAAAUCCACAUGUCCAACGUGUCCCUGCGAAAUCUAUGUAUCCUUCGUCAACAAUUGUUCCAACUCUUUGGAUUAAAAAACAGGUCAAUCAAAGGCGUGACAGUUUCCACUUUCCACCAUUUUUUUAAGUUAUCCAUUGAUUGAGGAAGACGAAAAGUAGUAGCAGUGUUAGCCAUGAGUCUUGUUGUUUCAGCUGGGGGUCACUCGUUCUGUUUCCAGGCCUGUAAAGGGUUUUCAAUUCCGAAACCAAAGGGGUACAAAUUGGGUCCUCGAGCUGCUUUGGUAGAAGCCAGGCCCAGAGUCAACGGUUCACCGGUGGCUUUGCAAGUGUUAGGAGGUAACCGAGCGGAGGACCUACAAGCGGAGGCUCGGGCCAUGGCUCGUGCCGCCAAUGCCUCUGUUUACAGCCCCGAACUUCUUGCUAAGAAGUACGGGUCACGACCCGUCCAGGUAGUGAAAAGGACUUUGGAAAUCUUGAUAGCCUUGGGUUCUUUUGCUUUGAAACUAUGGUUGGAGCAAAGGAAUGGAACGCUGAAUCAAAAUAAGAGAAAACGAGCAGCUGAAUUGAGGACCAUCUUCACCAGGUUAGGCCCUACUUUUGUAAAAUUGGGUCAGGGUUUAUCCACUAGGCCUGACCUAUGCCCACCCGAGUAUCUUGAGGAGCUGGCUCGGCUGCAGGAUUCUCUGCCUACAUUUCCUGAUGAAGAAGCAUUCUCAUGCAUCGAAACAGAGUUGGGGAUGCCGCUCGACUCCAUUUUCUCUUUGAUAUCCGCUUCUCCUAUUGCAGCUGCUAGUUUAGGCCAAGUCUACAAGGCUCAACUAAAGUAUUCUAGCCAAACUGUUGCUGUCAAGGUGCAACGACCUGGUAUUGAAGAAGUCAUUGGACUUGAUUUUUACCUCGUAAGAGGUCUAGGAUUUUUCAUCAAUAAGUAUGUUGACAUCAUCACCAGCGAUGUUGUUGCCCUCAUUGAUGAAUUUGCCCGUAGAGUUUAUCAAGAGCUUAACUAUGUUCAGGAGGGACAGAAUGCAAGGAAAUUUAAGAUGUUGUAUGCUGACAAGGAGGAUAUCCUUGUUCCAGAUAUCUUUUGGAAUUAUACAAGUGGCCAAGUACUGACGAUGGAGUGGAUUGAUGGAGUGAAACUGAAUGAGCAAGCUGCCAUUGAAAGUCAAGGUUUGAAGGUUUUGGAUCUAGUAACCACAGGUAUCCAAUGCAGCCUCAGGCAGCUAUUAGAGUAUGGAUAUUUUCAUGCGGAUCCUCAUCCUGGUAACCUUUUGGCAACACCUGGAGGAAAGCUUGCUUUUCUAGAUUUUGGAAUGAUGAGUGAGACCCCAGAGGAAGCAAGAUUUGCUAUCAUUGGUCAUGUUGUCCACAUGGUCAAUCGGGAUUAUGAAGCUAUGGCUCGUGAUUACUAUGCUCUAGAUUUCUUGUCAGCUGAUGUAGACGUUUCCCCAAUUGUGCCAGCACUUCGGAACUUCUUUGAUGAUGCUCUUAAUUACACUGUGAGCGAACUGAACUUCAAAACACUAGUUGAUGGUUUGGGUGCUGUUUUAUAUCAAUACCCGUUUAAUGUACCUGCCUAUUAUGCACUGAUAUUGAGAUCGCUUACUGUGCUAGAAGGAUUAGCCCUUUAUGCUGAUCCUAAUUUUAAGGUGCUGGCCGCCUCAUAUCCAUACUUCGCUAAAAGGCUACUCACAGAUCCAAAUCCAUAUUUGAGGGAUGCUCUUAUAGAGUUGCUUUUUAAGGAUGGGAGGUUUAGGUGGAAUAGACUAGAAAAUCUUCUUGUUCAGGGAAGAAAGGACCGAGAUUUCUCUGCCAAAGAUGCUUUGCAACCUGUUUUAAAGCUACUAUUAGCACCAGAUGGUGAAGAACUAAGAACUUUGGUAAUUAAAGAGGCUGUUCGUGUCACUGAAGCUGUUGCUCUGGGCACAGCUAUUGAUACAUACAACUCUGUACCCUCUUUUAUGCGUACUCUGAUGUUCAAUGGAAAUGGAAGUGGAGCACUUGCAAUGAGCACUGCUGAAAUGGAAAGCAUGAUGGAGUUUCGGGCCCAGGUCUUUAGAAUUUGGGGGCUACUACGUUCCUCUGAAAAUUUUGAUCCAGCACUUUUGCAGCCUAUUUUACAAUUAAGUAUGGAUGACCACUACAAAAAAUGGCUGCCCAAAGAUUCUAAGAUCAAAUUGGGAAAUACUUGUCUUCCUUAUCAUGAAGCGAACCCUUUUUCAUGGUUCUGGAAGAGGCAGGUAUAUAUUUUGAGAAUGAUUACUAUAAUAUGUUUACUACUUGCUAGUAAGAGGAUUUUACUGAGUAUGAAUUGAGCAGCUAAGCUGUUGCGGACUGUGGAUUACUGGAACUGAUUCAUAGUUUAGAAGUCCAUGCCUUAGUGACUAUGGAAAAUCCGCAAUCCGAGAACUAUUUUUGUGAACUCCAGAGACUGCCUUUCUAUGUAUUAAUAUAUUUUUGUAAUUUCAUCAAGAUGUCUUGUAAGAUCUAAUUUUUCAGAAAAAAUAAAUUGCAAUCAUUCUUAAGUAUUAACUGAUACUUUAAAAAGCCCAAAAGAAGCCAUGGAGAGUUCAUGCUGCAGUUGAAUGAGGAACUAACUCUUGGAUGUUGCAUUUGGCCCAAACCAUUUCUUUACGCAACUACAAUUUUCAAUGGAGCUGGCUAAUGAAGGUUUCUU